AACUACAGUACAAUUAUGGUAGAGUUGUUUAUUAGAGCUUAUAGUCAUAUAGCAAGUGAAGUCACACCACAAAGUAUGGUCGUAUGAUGGUUGUAGUCUUAUGGCAUUACUAGUAGCGGUUUUGACUAAUUUAACUAUGCCUUUCAAGAAGGUCAAACGAGAUGACACACAGCUAGUCCGGUCCCGAAUGGUUACUGUCGAACCAGUGUUGUUACUUGGUAUGCUAGCCGUAAGAAUUCUCUGGACGCUGCGGACGCAAUACACGAAACUUCGUGUAUCGGAAAGUUACAAUGUGACGUCUUCGGUAUCUAAAGCCAAUGGAACUUGUUCUUCGAAUGAAAGUGAUCGAGAUUCUGAAAUAGACAGUCAAAUUCAAUCAGAGACGUCUCUUUUAGUAAUGUACAUGUCUGUGGCAGAGUGUCUCCCACCGUUGUUUGUGUCGAUGAUCGUCGGGUCGUGGAGUGAGGUUUACGGCCGUAAAUUUGCGAUGUUGAUCCCGUCUGUUACAUUCGUUGUUGUUUGUGGUUUAUACCUCGUUGUUGUUUACAUGAAACUAAGUGUUUACUUUCUCAUUGGUGUCAACUUAAUCCAGGGUCUUGGUGGUGAUGUUGCUCUGUUCAACGCAGCAUGCUUCACAUACAUGGCCGAUAUUACUCAAAACAAGUCGCGAAUGUUUCGUAUGAUAAUUUUAGAAACAGCAAGUUAUGCAGCAUCUGGACUCUCUCAGGUUUUUCUGGGUUACCUCUUGAAAUUCAGGGGUUACAAAGCUUCAUUUUGGUUGGCAUUUUCUUUAAGUCUUGCUUGUGUAAUAUGGAUCAUAACUCCUGGACUACUUAAAGAGUCCAAACAAACACAUCAUGUUAAAGGAACGGUGACCCAUGGUUCUAGUGGGGAAAGGGAAUCUCCAAAGGCAUUGUGUAACCAACUUAAACAAAUUCCAAAAGUAUUUGGCAAAAGAGAUAAUGAACCUCGGCGUCAAUAUAGACUGAUGAUCGUUUUGGCCAUUUACUUCAUAUAUGUGCUAAUUUGGGCAAGUUUUACAUCACUUGUAACAAUCUACGGUCUUGGUCAGCCAUUUUGUUGGUCUCCUGUAAUUGUUGGAUACUACAGUGCAGCGGGGGCUCUCUUUCCAGGACUCGGAAUGUUAAUAGGCGGAAAAUUGCUGAGUCUGUGUUUGAGUAAUUUGUGGAUUGUUCAAAUAAGUUUUAUGUCGUCAAUAGCUCAGGCUAUGUUGUCUGCUGUUGCACCAAACACACUGGUUCUAUUAUUGUCAACAGUGGCAGGGUCCCUGAGGGCACUUGCAUCGCCUUUGACGAAAACCAUGACUGCUGAUCUUGUUUCUGAAAACGAACAUGGUGUAGCAUUUGCAACUUUAGCCAGUGUCCAAUCCAUCGCAGGAUUCCUGUCACCUCUUUUGCUGUACUCAAUAUACUCAGCUACGACAUCGUUUCAUCGACAAUUUACGUUCUACCUCGUUGCAGUAUUAUGUACAGUACCCAUAUGUCUUACCAGCGUACUCCAAUUGACAUGGAAAAACACUGAAUAUUCAAAGAUUGUAAAUAAUGUGGAUCAAUCGAGAGAAGACCCUGAAGCCUUCAAUUAUGAAGUUGGCCCAAACGGAGAAGAAGAAGAAGAAGAAUUGCACAAUAAGUCUAAGAUAAAUUAG